CCCCAUCGUUAACGUUAACCCGUUUGUGCUCACACAUGCCAUUCAUCCGUUGCGGCGUCAUUUUUACUUCAGUUUGUUGUAGUUUAUUUGUUUUUUUUUUUUUUUCGUAAAAGCGAUUGCGGUGGAUGUAGACUCAUCCGCGUGGUCGCCAGCAGGUCCCUUCGCACACGUAGCAGUUGCGGCUGAGCGUCACUAACCAACAUGACCCCCUUAGUACUCCUCCCGCUUGCUUGCCUCUGGAUGGCGGCGUCCACCACGGCACACAUGUUCAGCCUCCCCCCCUCGAAAAAGACAUUAACAAGUCAGGAGCUUUUAAAAAGGGCUUCCAACUCCUCGGAGGAGGAUAACUAUUACACCAUGCAGGAUGUUCUUAGCGCACCUCUGAAGAGGGAGGACCCCCCCGUCCUCUACGACGACCUGCCGGACGAAAUAAAAAACAAAAUGGUAGACAACACAGAUGUGAAAAGGAUAAACAAGUUGAAAUCCGUUGCCCGAACCAAUGCAUUCAGGAGAUUCAAAAAAAGCUACGAGGAGGAAGAGUCCACUGUGGAGCAGCUCUACACCCAUAUGCGGGAAAUUAUAAGCGUCGCUCUUGGCAUCCCCCUAGAGGAAGUAAAUCUGCAUGACAUUAAUAUGUUGCUUGCCAAGUGGCGAAUGCUCAGCAGAGAGAGGGUCAACCGGAACGAGCAAAACAACGACCAACAUUUCUUUAAGAGCGUGAAAAGGCAUGACGCCCAUCCCAGUGGGGCAACUCCUUCUGCAGAAAUGGAUCAUACAGAACAGAUGAGAGAGAGAAGUGGUCGGGGGAGCUUCUUCAUACACCCGGAUUACCUCCUCCAGUUGGCCCUCUAACAGGCGAAUUGAACCGGGGGGAGGAGAGACACCUGGAUGGGAUGCAACGCCCCUUCUUGGCGGACGUCAGUGUUAAUCCCUACGAGCUGCUCUGCACCCACUUGUUCCCCCUCCUCACAUAAAUCACAGCGCGCAUCAUCGGAGGAACGCCUCUUCACAUGCGUAAAGCAGACGCACACCAACCCCGCUGCUCCUAAAAUGGACGCGCAGGGAUAAAACGGCACCCUAUGAUAGGACGAAUUGUAUUUUCGCUCUUCACGUUUGUUCUCGUGACGCCUGUGGGGUACCCUAUAUAAGUUUCCACGCAGUGAACGGUGAAAUAUUUUUUUUUUUUUUUUUUUUUUUGUAACAUUCUCCCAGACGGAGUAAAAACAGAAGCUGCAUAUUAAAUUCCCUGCGUGUAAAAAAGGGGU